GGACUAGAGCUUCCGCAUAAAGCUGAGGAAAAGAAAGAGAGAAGACGCACACCGAAGAAAAACACAAGACUCCAUUAUUCUCCUUCUUCUUCUUCGUCUCUUCAAUAAUUUUCUCUGAGACUAGCUUUGAUUCAGCCAUGGCUAAUGCAGCAUCAGGAAUGGCAGUCCAUGAUGACUGCAAGCUGAAAUUUAUGGAGCUGAAGACGAAAAGGACAUAUCGUUUCAUCGUUUACAAGAUUGAGGAGCAGCAGAAACAAGUGGUUGUUGAGAAAAUCGGUGAACCUGCUGAAACCCAUGAGGCCCUUGCAGCAAGUCUUCCAGCUGAUGAAUGCCGCUAUGCCGUUUUUGAUUUUGAUUUUCUCACUGCAGAGGAUGUCCCAAAGAGCCGGAUUUUCUUUGUCGCAUGGUCUCCGGACACAGCAAAAGUGAGAAGCAAGAUGAUCUAUGCGAGCUCUAAGGACAGGUUCAAGAGAGAACUAGACGGAAUUCAGAUCGAGCUUCAGGCAACCGAUCCAACCGAGAUGGAUCUUGAUGUUUUCAAAAGCCGAGCCACUUGAUGAAGAAUUCCCCUGAAAAUCUCGAUUGAAUCAAACUUUUUCGUACUA